CCGGGGCAUUGACGCACAUCUGACUUUACGCAAAGCUCCGACAGGAGAACAGAGACGCAGCGGAACAGAACCUCGCAGAGAACAUGUACUCACGGACCGACAGCCUCACCCUGACCGUCCCGCAGGAGCGGUUCGCCUUCCCCCGCACGGCGACGCGCAGCACGGAGCCGGAGGUCUUCACCUUCGAGCGGAUCCCGGCUCAGGCCACCGCCGUGCGCUCCUACGUGCCCAUCCGGCCCAAGAAGCGCUGCACCCGGGUUAUGUACCCGGCCAAAGUCCGCAUGCAUCUCCCCCCGCAGGAGAAGAGCCAGGCCAAGCGCUGGCUGGUGAUCCUGUGCCUGGUGGUGCUGUGGCAGAUCUACACCGAGGAGCCGUGCGCCGACGCCCCGCUGAGCAGCGGCGAGGCGCCGAUCAGCGAGUACCAGGGUUUCGUCUUCCAGUCCCCGGAGGAGCUCGCACAGAUCCGCACCGGCUCCGAGCUGGAGUCCGCCCCCCAGGACCCGAACCACAUCAUACCCGACACCAGCUGCCCCAGGCCCGGACAGGACCCGGAGAGCAGCCGGCCCGUGGAGCAGAGCACCGCCGGGAACAGCUACGUGGUGGCCCUGCUGGUCUACCACAGCCUGGGCAGCGACAGCUAAGACCCCGGGUCCUGGAUCCACCUGAACCCCCAGAGACUGAACCUGUGGGAUCAAACUGAACCGAGCUGGAUCUGAUCUUGAGCCGCUCCUGGAGAACAGCGGUGCGCCCUGAGAGGCGCAGCCGGGGAGGGAGCUUCAUGCGCCCGCGUCAGCCUGACAGAGGUCCCCUGAAAGCAGGAGGACACUCACCGUGGAGCAGGACACUGACGGACACUGACGGACACUGACGGACACUUGAUAAAACUGAAACUUGAAUUGAAGAAAACUUGAACUUGUCUGUGGUUGAAUCACAGAGUCUCUGCACUGACAGCCGAAACUCACUGAAAAUGUCUUAUUUGUUAUUUAUUGUCUUAUUUGCUAUUUAUUGAAUAAUAUUAAUAAUAAUUGUAAUAAAAAAUGUCGAAAAGAA